UUAAUUUUUUAUUUUCCUUUAUAUUUUUUGAAUGAAAUAAGGAUCUCUAUGUUUUGGUUUUUAUUGAUUUAAGUUAACUUCAUGAACUUUAUUCUUUUGGGUUUUGAUUUAUCUGUUGGUUUAAUGUUUUUAUUUUCUUGAUUUCUGCCAACAGUUUGUUUGAGGUUUCUGUUUUGUUUCAUUUGAAUGAUCUGUUUUUUUCUUUUUCUUAAUUGCUCUAUUUGUUUUCAUUACUAUUUAUGAAAGGUUUUUGGAAUAAGAAAGUGAAUUAAGGAUCAUAAUUCAAGCUAUGUAUGUGCAUGCAUGCAUGUAUGUGCGCGUAUGGAUGAUUGUGAUGAUGAUCAGGACAAGACAUGAUAUGAUCUGAUGUGUCUGUUCUUUUACUGUUGGUCAUGUUCUUACUGAAUUGAGAUUUCUUUUUAAAUGUUUUGCCUUUUAAGCAAGAACCGCUCAUUUUACUUGUUCCUCUUUUUUCCUUUUUUUUAUAUUUUAAUGCACAAGGCAUGUCUUUAGAUAUUGAUUUUCUUUAUUUUUUUCCUUUUUUAAUUUAUAUAUUAUUGAUUAAUAUAAGAUAAUAAAAUUAACAGAGAUAAAGUUUUGGAACUGAUUUCAAUUCUCUUAAGGGGAUGGACAUAUGCUCUGUUUUAUUGUUUUUGUUAAUUACUUUUUUUGCUUCAAGAAGCAAAAAAUCAAAAGCAUACACAAGAAUAAACAAUAUUUUUGAUGGAUUAAAUAUUAGAGAUGUAAUCUUUUUUUUUAAAGCAAUAUAUAUGAUUAUAAUUUACUUUCAAUUGAUCUUAUAUUUUAGUCAUUUAUUCAUGUUUAAUCUUUUUUUUUUGUUUAACGAUAAUUUUUUUUUGUUUAUAGCAAAUUUAGUAGAAAAAUUUUUAAAAAGGAACAAAAGUAACAAUCUGAUAGAACUUUCAGCCUCGUUAAAGUUGCUAGCCAAUUUUAUAGGAUUUUCCCAAAGGCGAUUACAGAAUUAGAGUCUGAUGUGUUGAGAUAUUUUUGGUACAUAACCUAAGGUCCAUAAAUGGUUAGAAAGAGAGGUCAGGAAUACACAAAUAUCAAUUCAAAUAGUAUUCAAGAUCAAGAAUUGAGCAGCCAUAGGUUUAUGUACAAAAAUAUCUAGUAUAUCUUGUAUUGGACACUUUAAAGAUGGAAACUUAAGUAUGUUUUUUAUUGCAGAUUGGCUUUCAUCUUUUGCUACUUGUAGAAAAGGGUAACUUUGUUUUUUCUUUUGACAACAACAUCAAAACAAGCCUCUUCCCACUUUGCAGUCAGCUAUAAGGGCCCUUUCUUUAAAGUUGUUUUUGUGAAAACCUCAUUAAUAUAGGAAAGUAAUGUUAAAGAAGUACAAAAGAGUAGGAUAGUGUGAAGCCAAUCAAUAAUGAAUAGCAUAUUCUUUUCUAAUUCGUAGUCACUAAUCGAGCUUGUUUAUAAUGCUAAACGAGGGUUUUGGCUAUGUAGGCAAGCUUGAAACUAAGACUCAGCCUAGCUUGUUUAUUAAGUGCAUGACCAUAAAUUUCAAGGGAGUUGGGUCUUUUAUCUUUUUGAUAAUUACUUUGGAACAUGUCUUAUUUCUCGGGAAUAAAAGAAAGAAAAACAAAAAUAUUUUAAAGUUUUUAGUUGCAUGAGUGAAUAACUUCAUCAUCACAGUUAAAGUCCAAUGAAUACAAGAAAGACUACAUAAAUAAAUAAUUAGUAUUUGGGAAUGUUUUAUAAUUACUGCCCGAUGGAGUUUGUCUACACUCUUUAAAGCUUUUAGACAAAAAAUUAAGUGUUUUGGCAGUGUUUCUUUUCAUAUGAAAAAGCUUGAUAAGAAGGCUCAACCAGCUUCUUGAAUACUUUGUUAAGUGGGGAUCAAGCUGCUCAUGUAACUUUCCUCCUUUUACUUGUUUAUUUUGCUAUUUGCUUUUUGUAAUUUUGAAAGUAACAGAGGAAAAAAGUUUGUGUAGAUAGAAAAGUAGUAUUUUGAAUUAUUUAAAAUCGAACUUACACUUUUUGUGAAUAGCACAGUGUACAAUUUUACUCAUACAUUGAACAACUAUAUAUUAAUUUUGUCACAUUUUAGCAAUUUAUUCAUUUUCAAUCUAACAUGAUUUUGCUAUUUACUAGUUUUGCUUUUUAGCAAAUUUUAAGGGAGAAAAAAGUCAAGUAGCAAAAGUAACAAGCAGCAUAGCAUUAGUUAACUUGCAUCUCUAAUUGUAAUCUGUACACCUUUAAAAAUUGGUUUUAAGAAUCAGCACCUUUCUGAAGCUCCCUAAUGUGUCUUUGAUAUAUGUGCCCAAAGGCGUUCAUGAUCUACUGCACAUAAAUACUUGUGGUUAUAUAUGUGUUUAGUUCCUCUCAUUUGUUUAUAAGAAAUGAAAAGAAAUAAGGGAGAAAAACUAGAUACAUACACAAGGCAAAAAUGAUUUUAUAUUCCUCAUGUUAUGCCUGCAUUAACUCUGCGGUUUCUGAAUCUCAAAUUAUCUUUGUAUGUUUUGAUCUGUGAGAUUUCUUUUCUUAUGUAAUGUUCUGCUUAGGCUGCUUCCAUCUUUGCAUAUCAAAGAGUGUGGUGUAUUUUUCCUUCCUACGUGAGAUUGACUUUGUAUGCAUUUUUUGCAAUUGGCCAGGUUGUUGUAGAUUUUAGACUUUGGAAGCAUGAACCCAAAACCAGAUGGUACAAACCACCCAGAAACUAAUGCAAAUAACAAUAAACCACCAACAGUUCGGUCUCAACCUUGGUGGUGCAGCACACGGCACGAUUCCUUCUUAACAGAUGUUUUAGGAGAAAGCAGUACAAGCUUAUCUCCAGCCAAACACCCAAACGGAGGUUUAGAUGCCAAAACAAGUGAAUCUCUAAGCGUCGAUGGGAUUGAUGAUAAAAUUUGUUCUAGUAAAGAAAUGCCUUUAACUAUAUUGUCCGAUCCAGAUGGAAAAUGUGGAUAUGAACAGCCAUAUUUACAGCAUGCUAUACCCAUUAUACAUCCAACAAUGGGUGAAUAUGUAGCACCACCAACCCAGCUGGAGCUUGUUGGCCACUCAAUUGCAUGUCUAUCCUAUCCAUAUGCAGAUUCAUAUUAUGGGGGAGUGGUGCCUCCUUAUGUACCUCAAUCUUUGGUACAUUCUCAAUGUCUUGGAGUGCAUCCUGCUAGAAUGGCAUUGCCUCUUGAAAUGGCAGAGGAACCUGUUUAUGUGAAUGCCAAGCAAUACCAUGGUAUUUUAAGACGAAGGCAGUCACGCGCAAAAGCUGAGCUGGAAAAGAAACUGAUCAAAGUUCGAAAGCCCUAUCUUCAUGAGUCUCGACAUUUACAUGCUAUGAGAAGGGCAAGAGGAUGCGGAGGCCGUUUCUUAAACAUGAAAAAGCUUGAUAGUGAUGCUUCUAACGCCACUUCUGACAAAGGCAAUCACACUAGUUCCAAUCUUCCAUCACAAUAUCCCAACAACUCAUCAAGUGACAGAUCAAUUCCCAAUCGCAUGUCCCAGAAUGCCAAUUCAUCUGUUGGUCAUCAAGAAGUAACAGAAUCUGAACUUCACGGAACAAAUGUGCAGCAGGCAUGCUCCAACAGCAAUGGCAAUGGCUGCUAUCCGCAUCAUCAAGGGUUUCAUUUCUCUACCUCUCAUUCACUUCCAGAUAAAAUGACGGAAGGAGACUGUCCAAGGCAGCAGCAUGAGAGAAUUGUGGCGAACGGGGUGCCUCACAGGGCCCUGACAAUCAAAUGAACCUUCCUAUGGGGUGAAGUGUCUCUCUAACAUUGCUUUUGACCUGAAAUGUUAUAUAUUACUAUUAGUCUUUAUAUGUAUUCUGGUGUUCUUUAUCGUGGGCCCCAUUGUUUCACCACUCCAUGCUUUCCUGACAUGUUGUGGAUGUUUCUUAAUCGCCUGCUAAUGGACACUGUUAGAAGGUCGUGAAGCUGGAGUCAUUUGAUUCUAACCAUAUCCACCGGGAAGACCCCCAGAACCAUGUGUUAUAUAUGUUGACUGGCAAUUCAUUCUUGGCUUAUCUUUGUUUAUGUGCUAUAGAGGUAGAUUGGAAGAAGGGAAAUGUGACUUUUGUAAUUGGUAUUUUCACUCUCAAAAUUAACCCUUUGUCUUUUAAUUUAUAAUAAAAUAAUAACAGUAGCAUUGUGUGAAAUGAAUCCGAAGUCAUUCUGUCUGUCUUCUGAUGUCUUUCAUUCCCUUUUAAUUUUCCGUUGACUACUAUAAUGGAGGAUGGUAUUUUCAAAUAAUUUUAUCUUCUUGCAUGAAGAGAUCAUUCUUUACUUUUGUUGGUGAUUAUGUUUUUGUCAUUUUGAUUCGUUGGAUGUUUUGAAGAAAUUAUAAGGGAGGAACUGCCCUCAAGCCAUGGGGAUUAUGUUAAUCUUGGUAUGAUCACAAUUGUUGUUCAUAUUUCUGGUUGAAGAUUGCCUGGAAGACAGAUAGAGAGGCCCGACACGUGAGGGCCUGGCAACGAUUUAUCAUGUGACUUUAUCCAUCGAUUUUCAGCACCCCCAACGUACUACGGUACUGAUCAUGUGAUCGUUUGUCAGCUAACACGCAUUAUAGGCUAACUUCAAGUAGGACCCGUCUUCAGUUCUUGAUGCCCUUCGCCAGAGUGGAGGCUGGAAAUUAUUGUUGUUAUUUUCUGUAGCAGAGCCAGGGUUACGAAUGUCGGCCAACUUAAACAAUUUUAUCCAAAUCUCAAUCUAUCCUGACCACUCUAACUGGUCGCUAGAAAUUUUCUGGUUUCAGGGGUAUAUAUAGCACAACAAAAUAGUUUUUUUUUUUUUUACCAAGAAAAUUAUCUAAUCCAAAUGAAUGAUCUAUGAAAUAAAAAAAUAUUUUUUUGAUAUAAGAUUUUGAUUAACUUUAACUCAUGCCUAUAAAUACCUGUAAAGCUGGAUGUAAUUUUUGUUUUAUGAUGUAGUAUUUUAAUUUGAAGGUUAAGGCCAAAACCUUCUCGUACGGGAAAAUGGCCUUAGAAAAGGAAAGUAUCUGCUUAAGUAUGAAGGCGGCAUAUAUCUAUAGAAACUGAAAGAAACUUGCUCUGUCUGGUCUCAUUUGUGGGCUCCCCCACCCCAGGCCCCAUCUGCAAAAGUUUGGUAAAGAUUUUCACUAAUUUUAACUUAUAGUCGCUCUGUCAACCGA